ACAUCAUCACACAUACUGUGCGUUACAGUGCAUGCACACACAGCUUCACUUUCAUCUGAGAGCCACUAAAAACUGAAGAUGGGAAAAAUUAACGGAUGCCUAAAAUGCCUCUUUAUCUUCUUCAAUGUGCUGUUUGCAAUCCUUGGAUGUCUGCUGAUCUUCGGGGCGGUGAAGGCCAGUGCCUACAGCCAUCAGAUGGCGACAGUUGGAGGCCCGAGCCUUGGUUGGAGUUGGGUGUUUGCCAUCGGCGUGCUCGGCAUCUCCUGCCUGGGAAUCUAUGCAGGAUGCUCUGAGAAAGCCCUCGCCCUCAAAAUAUUUGCAGGCUUCAUGGGGGUUGGGAUGGUCAUCAUGCUGAUCUUUGGCAUCAUUAUCGCUGUCACAAGGAACAAGAUCAAAAAUGGCUUUGACAGCGCCUCCUCUGAGCUGUCUAAGUCCUUCAUGGAAGACGAGGAGAUGAGAUUGCUGCUUGAGGGACUACAGGAAACUGCGCAAUGUUGUGGAGUGGUGAGCGCCUCCGACUGGGGUAAUAACAUCCCCUCCUCCUGUGACUGCAAGUCUCCAUAUGGACCAUUGACAGGACUUGGAAUGUCUGGAUGUAAAGCCAAACCCCAGGACGCCAGUGGCCCAGAACAGAUCUACAGACAGACCUGUAGUGACUUCAUCUUUAUAUGGUUAGACCUUGUCUUCAAGAUCGCUAUGGGCUUCUUCUUUGGAUUUGCUGUCACCGCACUGCUGGGCCUGCUGGUCACCCUCCUGAUGAUUUAUCAGGUCAAACGUCACGAUGGCUCCGGAGGAUCUUCCAUUGCCAUGAAGGGCUACUAAGAGAAAAACCCCACCCCUGACCCCUUCACCUAUAACUCUGCACUGUAACAGGGGGACUCGUAGACUGUAUAAAAGGUGUGGACAUACCCCUCUGGUCUGUAAAGGGAAGCCAAUGCAGAAGUGCCUUAAACCUGCAUUAUUUUAAUGACCAGCAGGAGGCAACUUCACUCCAACUGUAUAACAGUCAAUAAAAAAAUAACCCUACUUCUCAUUUGAUUUAUUACUUCAGUUAACAUUUUACGAAAAACUUUACACUCUCAAUUGCUAGUUAAGUCUUUUUCAGUACAGAACGAUGUUCAUUUUGUAAAUCGUGGCCCCAUUUAGAGUUAAAUAGACCAUAAAACCAGGUAUUGACCUGUCGCUACCAUGGCGACUGGCCAAUAUUUACAUGUCUUUUCAGCAAGACAGUCUUCACAAAUGAACACCACUUUUAGGUUUUUGAAGCCUAAAUGCAAUCGCCAGAAGGAAAAAGCUAGUGUUAGGCUGUGUUUGAACUACACUUUGGUUGUGUGGCAUAUACUUACGAAGCUGUAAAGCUGUGUUUCGUACAGUUAGGCAAAAUGAUGACCUGUAGUCUCCGAUAGCCACAUGUUCACAACUGCCUUUUUUAAGACACAUAAAAGCUUCAGAGUUUGCGAGUGGGGUAUUUACUGACAUAUUUUAUUUCCUUGAACAACACGUGAACGUCUUGGUCUGUGUUAACCACAGACCUUGUUUCAGGCCUCUAACCAAAAAAAAACAUUCAAAAAAAUCCAUUGAUUUAAAGAUGAGGAAACCAAAGGUGCUGAAAUGUUAAUGUAUUUCCCGGUUUCAGGACUCAUUACGUAAAGGUAUAGUGUUACAUAUUCAUAGCACUCAGUCAGAUCCACCCCUUGCUCCUCCCUAGCACCACCCUCUUGACCAUAUAUCAUCUCUUUUGGCUCCAAAAAACCCCAAAAUGACCUGACUGGCUUCAAGACGGUUGUCCACAAACCAAUGGUGGCUGCCUCCACUUCUUUUACACAGUCUAUGGAAGGACUCAGUGGUCAAUACAUGGCCUCUUCUUCUCUACUUUUUUUUUUGGUUAUUUCUGACUUUUAAGAGAGCGACAGGGUACAGAGGGGACAGAUGGAUGAUGUGGCAUGCUGCAGGAAGAUUUCAUUUGGGAAAAAAAGUGCAGCAGUUGUUUUUAUUUCCAGCUUUAUAUUGCAGAGAGUAUUGCUUGAAUAGCAAACAUUUAUUUUUUUGCACAUUAUUAUAUCUCCUCAGCCAAUAUUUUUAGGCAGGGCUCAUGUGAAUAGUAAAUGGGUUAAAAAAUAGGCCCUAUAUGGGGUUGUUUAUGGGUUCAAUAAUGGUGCCAUGCCAUUGGGGGUGAGUUACUCAAGUGGAAACCAGAUAAGGUGUCCAUUUUGGGCUAAUACCCACUUGGUACCGAGGUAGUCCUAGCUUGACCCUUGUUGAGCCCACUUGGGUAAACCCACCCAUGAACCCAUGAACAAUCCCAUAUAGGGCCCAUUUUUAGCCCAUUUUUCUACCAACAUGGACCCCACAUACAAAUAUUGGCUGGGUCUUUUGUGUCAUUUGAUGGUAUUAUAGUGGUCUUAUGAACACAGACAUAUUGUUCAAAAUACACAACAUUUAGCUUUACCUUACGCAGUUACCUGUCAGUAAGUCUGCUUACUCUUCACUAACAGGCCAGUAAGUUUACAUAGAGGUGGAGUAAAGGGAACUGAUAGCCUAGCUUUAAGACUUUUGUUGCAAGUGUUUCUGUAAAUGUAAACCAAUCAGCAUCUGAACUGACAGUAACAUUAUGAACCGACUGGUGAGCAAAACCUUCAGAUUUGAAUGCUUUUUGUAUUAGUGGAAACAUACGGAAACCGUAUUCUACAAUGCAUAUUUUUACGUAAAAAUCACAAUAUACUAACAUUUAAAUUAAAGAAAAGAUUUAUUCUUUGUGCUUUGGGGAUAUGACCAGUAACCUGGACAUUAUUUAUGAAGGAAUUAACACCAAAGAGUUAUCAAUAAAAAAUUACAGAACCUCGUCGGAUCAGAAGAAAACUUAAGCCGUCGUCACAUGUGUAUGUGUUUGUAAAAAAUGUAGGACAGUGAGCUUGCUUAUUUGCCACGCAUAUAUCUAUGUUUCUAUAUAAAGUGCUUCAGCCAUGUAAAAACCAAACACUCUUCUGCCAUGAAAUUGAAAACAUUAUCCCACAUGGCUAAAAAGUUAAUUUCCAAAACCACUAAAUUAACUUUUCCUUUUUGUUAGAGGCCAUGACACAUUUGGAAAUUGGACAUACCAGCAACACUUGUAGCACUGAGAAAAAAAAGUAGAGCUCAUGCUUCAUAGAGAAAGCAGCUCAGGGUUUUUAGAUCUCCCACAAACAGUGAACACUGCUACACCAUUACAUUGACAAAGGGAUAGUGAUUUAAAAGGAAAACAAAUACUGUGACAGGAACUGUUUUAUUGUGAAAUCUGCACUCAUAUCAUUUCAGAUUAAACUCUAGAGACUGAA